AAUUAGCAAAACAAAAUGCUGCAGCAGUUGUUGACAACGCUUUUAAGAAUGUCUGGACAGUGUUUAGAUGAUAGCAACAUCAUUUACGUAUACGAUUUACCAUUUUUUGAACGAGAUGAAUUGUGUAAACUACUAAAUGAGAAUAGUUGGUGGGAGGAACUUGCGGGAAAAUGGAUGAAGUACACUCAUUCAACAAUAUUAUCCCUUCGAGAGGUGAAAAAUCCGAUGGACCACCUGUUAGAGCUCUGGGGUCAACAUAAUCACAAGAUAUGUGAAUUAUUCGGUUUGCUAUCUCAAAUGCAACAUUACCGUGCCAUGUUGAUUCUCAAGCCGUUCGUAGACCCAAAAUACCACGUGUUAAUCGAUCGAGGUGAGGGGAAUGCCAAGACAAUUCUAGCCAGGAGGACAAAGCACCAUAAUGCAGACUCGAAAAUUGGGGCUCAGAACUUCAAUGAAAUCACUAUCCGACAUCCUAUGGAACAAAAAAAUAUAAUUCACAAUUGCCAGGGGACUAAGGAUAGCGUUAAGAUCAUCAAUAAACCAGGUUUUCUCUGUCCACCUCAACCAGCUCGGAGCAAUUCCAAUAAUCUACUGGUGGUGACUCCUCCUGCAGCAUCGAGGUUAUCUCCUCUUCCACAAUGCACUGAAAAAUGCUCGGUGCGGGGUAGUGGAUUUUCCUUUGGUAAGGAUGCAACUUUGCCCCAAAUUUCAUAUCAGGACCUCUGUAUUGCUACUGGUGGAUGGAACUCACAAUUGGUCCUGGGGAGAGGAGGAUUCGGGAUUGUUUACAGAGGCCUUUGGAAAAAUACCGAAGUUGCGAUUAAAAAAAUCGAGAGGAAAGGUCCAGAAACCGACGAGAGCUACGCGCAGCAGCUCCAACAAUUAUUGAGGGAACUAACUAUUUUGAAUUCCCGGCCCCACGAAAAUAUUUUGUCUCUCUACGCCUUCAGCAUGGGCGGGGAGGCACCGUGUCUCGUAUAUCAAUUUAUGAUAAAUGGAUCUCUAGCUGAUAGGCUCCAGUUGAGGCACGGCACGCCACCUUUAACGUGGCUACAGAGGCACGAGAUUGCCAAAGGUACUGCGAGGGGACUGCAGUAUUUACAUGAAAUUGGAGAAAAACCUUUGAUUCAUGGAGAUAUCAAAAGUGCUAAUAUUUUAUUAGAUAAAAAUUUCGAACCCAGGAUUGGAGACUUUGGUCUCGCUCGGGAAGGCUCUAAAGAGGACUCGAUAAAGGUCAGCAAAAUUCAAGGAACGAGACCCUAUCUUCCGGACGAUUUUUUGGUGAAUAAAACAUUAUCUCGAAAAAUCGAUACUUACUCAUAUGGUGUCGUAAUGUUUGAACUAGCCACUGGGCUCCCAAUUUACGAUCAAUCCCGAUCUGAUCAUAAGUAUUUGAAAGACCUGAUUAAUCACUGGUUCGAGAAAAAAUGGGACCUGUCGCAGUUAAUGGAUAGAAAGGCUGGUCUAACCAAUAAAGAGGUUUACAAUCAUCUAAUUCUUGUUGGAAACUGGUGCUCCAAUGGACUUGCUAAACAUAGGCCGGAAAUGGCUGCUGUCUUUGAAAAAUUGAAUUUUAAUAUUUUAUAUCAAAGAGAAUAGGCAAAACAAAAAACACAGAAAUCAUGACAUUUUUAAUGAAACUAUGGAUUUUUCCUUCAAUCCGUUUGAAUUGUGUUGAAUGGAUUCUAGUAUUAUUUUAUUAACUGUAAAUAAACUUUCCCCUUUGUUUAUAAUACAUUGUAGAAUAAAACUCUAAUUGUAGGUGAAUAUAGGAAAUAAAUAAAUUAAGUAUUUUUUUAAA